AUGGCCACAGGGGGCCGUGCAUGGAGGCAUGUCGGGAGGUAUGCAGGGAGGCAUGCAGGGAGGCAUGCAGGGAGGCAUGCAGGGAGGUAUGCAGGGAGGCAUGCAGGGAGGCAUGCAGGGAGGAUUGCAGGGAGCCAUGCAGGGAGGCAUGCAGGGAGGCAUGCAGGGAGGCAUGCAGGGAGCAGUGGUCGGCGCUUGCUGUAUGAUCAUGAUGGUGCCUUGAGGUCGCGGCACCACCGGCUGUUCAACUCGUGCUGGAGUGUGCAUGAGCGGCACUAUUACCAAUCCGCGUCAUCUGCCAAGACACCAAUGGCAGAGGAGCUGGCGGAGCGGCUGAAGGUGUAUGCAGAGAGGCAGGCGCGGUGCAUCAAUGGAGUGAAGGACUGGCCGGUUUUCCUCUCCAAUCCGUGCGUGCCACCCCACUCCUCUCUCUCCUCCAUUUCCCUUCCUCCAGGUCCGCGCAACCAGCUGCUCUCCGUCGUGUCCUUGUGUCCUCAUUCGACCCACUGCUGUCUUGCUUCCUCCCAUCCACUCUGUUCACUCCUCUCAUGCCUCCCUCUCAUGCCUUGUCCAGGUCUGGGCAACCAGCUGCUCGCCCUCGUCUCCUCCUUCACCUACGCCCUUCUCACCAACCGCACGCUCAUCAUCAACCCACAUGCACAGGCAGCCCUCUUCCUCUGCGACCCCUUCGCAUUCACCCCCACCCCAUCCACCUGGAUGCCCAUGGACUCACCCACCUUCGCAGCGCAGCGCGAUGUGAUCACAAAGCAGCAGUCUCCGAGUGCUAUGCUGUGCCUGCCCGGUGCCCGACCGCCUGCCGCUGAUGCACGUUGGGUGGGGCGCUACCUGCUGCACGACUAUUGUCCUGCUAUCAUCUCUGUUCCCCUGCCCUUUCAGGCUGAGUUGGAGCAGCUGGUGCCCGACCGCCUGCCUUUGAUGCACGUUGGGUGGGGCGCUACCUGCUGCAUUAGUGCUGUUUGCUCUCAACCCCCCCCUCACUCUGUCUUCCGAAUCCUCUCUUCCCCUCUGCCAUUGCAGGCUGAGUUGGAGCUUUUAUUCCCCGACCGCCUGCCUUUGAUGCAUGUGGGGCGCUACCUGCUGCACCCCGCCAACUACCUCUGGGAGGAAAUCACCCGCGCCUUCCGAGCCUACCUUGCCCCGCACCAACACAGGGUUGGGAUUCAGAUCCGUGAGUUUCAGAAGUACGUACCAGCAGACGACGUGCUCGACAAGGUGGUGGAUUGCCUGGUGAACGUGACUCAAGUGGUGCCCCCCAUUGUGCCACACGAGGACUGGGAGAAGCUGACGAAGCAGGCCGGUCAUUCAGAUCAGGGAAACGAGAGCAGUGGUGGUGGUGGUGGUGGAAGGGCGGAGGCGAGGAGACUAACUGGUGCAGUGGGGAGGAGGAAGGAGGGGAGGAGGAAGGAGGGGAGCAUGGGAGUGAUUGUGGCGUCACUGCGGGCAGCGUAUGGGGAGAUGUUGAGGGAGAUGCUGAGGGAGAUGCUGAGGGAGAUGCUGAGGGAGAUGUUGAGGGAGAUGCUGAGGGAGAUGCUGAGGGAGAUGAGCAUAGAAGGGCGGCUAGCAGGCGGGCAGGAGAUCGCUGUCAGCAUGCUGAGCCACGAGGGAGCACAGCAGCUGAGGGGAGAGGAAGCAGGCAGAGAGGGCGCUAGAGGACCACAGCAGCUGAGGGAGAGGAAGCAGGCGGAGAGGGCGCUGAGGGAGAUGUGGCUGCUCUCCAUGUGGUAUGUGCUCUCCAUGUGGUAUGUGCUCUCCAUGUGGUAUGUGCUCUCCAUGUGGUAUGUGCUCUCCAUGUGGUAUGCGCUCUCCAUGUGGUAUGUGCUCCCCAUGUGGUAUGUGUGUGUGUCGCUGCUCUCCAUUUGUGACACACUACUAAUAACGGACACAUCCACAUUCGGCUACAUAGCAGCAGGCCUGGCAGGCGUUCGCCCCUACUCUCUCAACAUCGUUACCCGCUACCACAGCAACUGGCGCAAGAACAACCGAGCCUCCUGCUCCCGGACCUCCCCCGAGCCUUGCUACCUGUCGAUAUUUGAUGCCAAGUCGAGACAUAUUCAGUAUCACAGCAGCCCUCCAGUCACCACACUGGCUGAUAGGCUUACUUUCCCCCCCUCAUUCCUUCUACCGUCUCCUUUCCCCCUGUCCUAUGCUUAG